UCUUCUGUCCUGUGCCCGGCUCCACAGCAAGAAGCAUCUGUGUCAGGGCCAGACAUCCGGAGGAGAGCAAAACAAGGGCUUCAAGAGGUCAUCUAUGAGGAAAUGGAAUAUAAGACCUACCAUCUCGAAAACUCAAUUCAUGAGCCAAGGACAGAUAAGGUUCAGACAAGAUCGUGUGGUGGGGCAUGUCAUGCCAAGGAGAUAUUGCAGAACUUAAACAUUUACAGACAAAGUGGAAUUUUUACAGACGUGGUUCUCCUCAUAGAAGAUCAGAUGUUUCCUUGUCAUCGAGGUGUCUUGUCAGCCAAUAGUUCUUAUUUCCGAGCUAUGUUUGGUGGUAAACUCAAGGAGAGCAAUCUCAGUGUUGUGAAAAUUGAGAAAAUCUCAGCUCGAAUUAUGGGAGUUCUACUUGACUUCAUGUACGGUGGGAGUCCUAAGAUAGAAGAAGACAAUGUAGAGGACAUCUUGCAGGCUUCUGAUCUGCUUCACAUCUGCAGUCUUCGGGAUGAGUGUGUGAAAUUUCUUGACAGCCAACUAGACCCUUCCAAUUGUGUAGGCAUCAUGAAGUUUGCAGACAUGUUCUCCAUCAUUUCAUUGUCUGAGAAAAGCAAAAAGCUAAUGCUAGAAGGUUUUGAGGAGGUCUCCUGCCAUGAGGAGUUCUUAGAGUUGACUAAAGAGGAACUGAUUAGGUAUUUGUCUAAUGAUGACCUAGUGGUAAGCAAGGAAGAAACUGUCUUUGAAGCUGUCAUGAGAUGGGUGAGGGAAAAUAAAAGCCGAGGUAGAGCAGCUCUGAAGGAUCUUCUAGAAAACGUGAGAUUACCCUUGAUAGAUCCUGCUUACUUUUUGGAGAAGGUGGAAAUGGACAAGACCAUCCAAGAAUGUCCGGAGUGUUUUCCUCUACUUCAUGAGGCUCGGAGAUACCUUAUUCUGGGAAAUCCAUUGAAUUCCCUCAGAGUGAGACCGAGAAGGUUCAUGAAUUUGUCGGAAGCCAUAGUUAUCAUCGGUGGCUGCGAUAAAAAGGGUCUUCUCAAACUGCCCUUUACUGAAUGCUACCAUCCAAAGAGCGGGCAAUGGAUGACGCUCGCCAGUAUGCCGGGUUACACCAAGUCUGAGUUUGCGGCCACUACACUGAAGAACAAUGUCUAUAUCUCAGGGGGUCACAUUAACAGCAGUGACGUCUGGAUGCUCAGCACUCAGCUGAAUUCCUGGAUUAAGGUCGCUCCACUCCGCAAGGGCCGUUGGAGACACAAGAUGGCCGUCCUUCAUGGAGAGAUUUACGCUGUCGGUGGAUUUGACGGUGUGAAGCGGUUGUCCUCGGUGGAGCGGUACAACUCGUUCACUAACGCCUGGUCUCCGGUGAGCCCCAUGUUGGAAGCUGUGAGCUCGGCGGCGGCGGCGGUCUGCUGCAUGAACAGGCUGUACGUCAUCGGCGGAGCGGUGGAGGAUUCUGGGAACACGGAUAAGGUGCAGUGCUACGACCCCGAAGCUGAGGCCUGGACCUACAAGACGCCGGCGCCGUUCUCUCAGAGGUGCAUUAACGCUGUAGAGCUGGACGGCCUUGUGUACGUGGUCGGUGGUCUGCUGAGCACAAUCUUCAGCUACAACCCGGAGACAGACGUGUGGAGCGAAGUGGCGUCCCUGCCCGGAGCUCUGGAGAGCUGCGGCGUGGCGGUCUGUGGAGGUAAAAUGUACAUACUGGGCGGAAGGGAUCAAAAUGGCGAAGGAACGGAAAACGCUUUCGUAUUCGACCCCAAAACUGGGAAGGUGGAUGCGGAGCCCCCACUGCAGCGCUGCACCAGCUAUCAUGGCUGCGUCACCAUCUUGCACCGGCCGGCAGCGUGACUCUUGGGACCAUGAACUUUAUUUAAUAUUUUUGUACUUUUUCCGAUACUGUGAAUACUUGUAUGUGGAGACGUUCUGGUACGUGCAGCGUAUAGCGUGCAGCGUUUUUUUUCUGUGUGGUGUAGUGUCCGGAUAUGUAUGUUGUGCUGUGAGGAUCACAAAUGUUG